CGGGUCCCGGGCUGCGCUGCAGCCUCGGGGCGCGCCUAGCGCUGGCAGCGGCUGGCGGGCGCAUGUGGGGGUACGCGGUGCGGCGGCGCUGCCCACGGGGGCUGCGGCGCGGCCGGGAGUCGCUGCUGGUGCUGCUGGCGCUGCUGGCGAUGGUCGCGCUGGGCUCGGUGCUGCGGGCGCAGCGCGGGGCCAGGGCAGCUGAACCCGAAACCCCGCGCACCAGGCGAUCCGGCCGGCGCGACCCGGUCCUGCCGCGGCCUCCGGUGCCCGAGGACGCUCUGGGAGCGCGGGGCGAGGCGGUGCGACUGCAGCUGGAGGGCGAGGAGCUGCGGCUGCAGGAGGAGAGCUUGCGGCUGCACCAGAUCAACAUUUACCUUAGCGACCGCAUCUCGCUGCACCGCCGCCUGCCGGAGCGCUGGAACCCGCUGUGCAAAGAGAAGAAAUACGAGUAUGAUCGUUUGCCCACAACUUCUGUUGUCAUAGCAUUUUAUAAUGAAGCCUGGUCAACUCUUCUUCGAACAGUUUACAGUGUCCUCGAGACGUCCCCAGACAUUCUUCUAGAAGAAGUUAUCCUUGUAGAUGAUUACAGCGAUAGAGAGCACCUGAAGGAACGACUGGCCAAUGAGUUGUCGGGGCUGCCCAAGGUGCGCCUGAUCCGUGCCAACAAGAGGGAGGGCCUGGUGCGUGCCCGGCUGCUGGGGGCUUCCGCGGCGAAGGGUGAUGUGCUGACCUUCCUGGACUGCCACUGUGAGUGCCACGAGGGGUGGCUGGAGCCACUGCUGCAGAGGAUCCGUGAGGAGGAGUCUGCAGUGGUGUGCCCUGUGAUUGAUGUGAUCGACUGGAACACCUUUGAGUACCUGGGGAACGCUGGGGAGCCCCAGAUCGGCGGUUUCGACUGGAGGCUGGUGUUCACGUGGCACAUGGUGCCCCAGAGGGAGAGGAUGCGGAUGCGGUCCCCUGUCGAUGUCAUCAGGUCUCCAACAAUGGCUGGUGGGCUGUUUGCUGUGAGUAAGAAAUAUUUUGAAUAUCUGGGGUCUUAUGACACAGGAAUGGAAGUCUGGGGUGGAGAAAACCUUGAAUUCUCCUUUAGGAUCUGGCAGUGCGGUGGGACCCUGGAGAUACACCCGUGUUCUCACGUUGGCCACGUUUUCCCCAAGCAAGCUCCCUACUCCCGCAAAAAGGCUUUGGCCAACAGUGUCCGUGCAGCUGAAGUGUGGAUGGAUGAAUUUAAAGAGAUCUACUACCAUCGAAAUCCCCACGCCCGCUUGGAGCCCUUUGGGGACGUGACAGAGAGGCGGCAGCUCCGUGCCAAGCUCCAGUGUAAGGACUUCAAAUGGUUCUUGGAGACCGUUUAUCCAGAACUGCACGUGCCUAAAGACAGGCCUGGCUUCUUCGGGAUGCUCCAGAACAAAGGGCUAAGAGAUCACUGCUUUGACUAUAACCCUCCUCAUGACCACGAAGUCGCAGGUCACCAGGUCCUUCUGUAUCUCUGUCACGGGAUGGGUCAGAACCAGUUUUUCGAGUACACGUCCCAGAAUGAAAUUCGCUAUAACACCCACCAGCCAGAGGCCUGUGUAGCUGUACAGGCAGGAACGGAUAUUCUCAUCAUGCAUCUCUGUGAGGAAAAGGCCCCAGAGAACCAGAAAUUCAUCUUGCAGGAGGAUGGUUCUUUAUUUCACAUACAAUCCAAGAAAUGUGUUCAGGCUGAGAAGAAGGCGUUCAGUGACAGUUUUGUACCACUUUUACGAGACUGCACCAACUCGGAACAUCAGAAAUGGUUCUUCAAGGAAAGCAUAUUAUAAAAUGUCGUUGUACCCAGGAGACCAUCAGAGGAGAUGGGGGACCCCUGGACUCUGUGCCCAACAGAGACUUAGCUAAGUCCAGUGACAGACUCACCAAAAACUUGGCUACUCUACUUCAUAAGGAAAUCAUUGUACAGUUUGUGAAAGUGAUAUUAGAUUUAAUAGAAUGUGAAUAAGCUUUGUACUGAUUUUGAAAACUUUAAAAUUGUUCCCAAAUACCGUAUUUUCAAAGGGUAAUGAUAAAAUGUUAAUUCUUGGUAUUCAGAAAAUUAAAAAACUUUAAAUAUUUUUCUAUCAA